AGGACGCCACAUAUUUACAUGAUCUUAUUUUUAAUGUCAUAGAGGCGUGUAAAUAUGUUUUUGGAGCGUUGGCUUGUACAGAUGUUUGUGAACUUGACUGUUCAGUACGGUUUGUCGCUUGGUACUUUGUGAUGUGGUUUAGUUGUUUCACGGUAUUUAAGUAUUAAUGGGGUUCUGUAGUGGUAUUGUGGUAGGCGGGCCUGAUGGACGUGCGUGUCUUUAGUUGUUUGUUUGUUUAAUAACUGCGUGAUGAAAACGAUGAAGAUGCAAAUUGUCCGGGUUUGUGCAGCUCUCUUGUCCCUGCUGGCCCAGCAUGCUGCUGCAACCACCGAGAUCGUUGACGUAGCCCCAGAGGAAGUGCAGAACUCCCCAGAAUACUGUGCCACGUGCAUCAAACUAGACUCCAUUUGCUACAACCGCUCUUACCUCUUCGAGCUCACAGCCAACUUUAGAAAACACGUCGUCAUCAAGAAAAUGGGCAUCCUGAGAUCCAACAACGUCUUGUACUACACUUUUGAACCUAAAAUCGAGGAUCCAGAGUACUUUAAAGUUGCCUACGUCUCUUUAGAUUCACCAGCAUUCUUCAAUGGUACGAUCAAUGAUGGGAACACAAGCGUCACCUUUAAUUUUUCGGUCUUUGAUUUUAAUCAGAAUGAAAACAAAAUAUAUCUCGGCGGUUCUGAUGGCAUAUGGGCCCUUGAAGACGCUAAUACAGACCGCCCCGUUUUAAAAUUCUUCGCUGCUAAAGGUCAUAAAAUUACUGAUGUUGUUUCGAAGGACUAUGUAUAUUUUACAGAGACAGAAUCUCAAGGAAUAAUUAAAGAUAAGAAUGGACACUUUUUUAGAAAAUUAGAAAAUAAAACUAUAGAAAGUUUUGUUUUGGAUAAAGAUGUCGAGUAUACAGUUGUUUAUUUACAUUCUACUGGGUUGUAUGCUUUCAAUAGUAAAACUAACGAAGAUGUCAGGUUGUCGACGAAUCGUUUCUUCAGAGGGCUUACAGUAGAUUUGGAAGGGAUAGUAUAUGCUUGGUAUAUAGACGGAAUAUAUAAAGUAAUUAUAGACAGUGUUUUGGCACACUCGACAAUAAGACGAGUUUCCGAUAUCGAAGUAAGUGCUAUGACGUUUGAUAAUUCUAAUAAUAUAAUAUAUUCAAAUGAAAGGUCUUUGUAUAAGUUAACUAAAACAGAUACUACCAAAUGUUAGGUAGCCUUUUUGCAUUAUAAUCCUAAAACUUAAAAAAAAAACCGGGCAAGUGCGAGUCGGACUCGCGCACGAAGGGUUCCGUACCAUAAAGCAAAAAAAAACGGAAAAAAAUGCAAAAACAAAACGGUCACCCAUCCAAGUACUGACCACGCCCGACGUUGCUUAACUUUGGUCAAAAAUCACGUAUGCUGUAUGAGAGCCCCACUUAAAUCUUUAUUUUAUUCUGUUUUUAGUUGUUAUAGCGGCAACAGAAAUACAAUACAAUACAAUACAAUACUCUUUAUUGCACACCUCACAUACACGUAGUUUACAAAUACAUCAUCUGUGAAAAUUUCAACUGUCUAGCUAUCACGGUUCGUGAGAUACAGCCUGGUGACAGACGGACGGACGGACGGACGGACAGCGAAGUCUUAGUAAUAGGGUCCCGUUUUACCCUUUGGGUACGGAACCCUAAAAACAGUACAAAGAGAUCGGUACCUCUUCCCCCUUUUUGCUCAUGCUACAUUGGAGAGAAUAGUUAGCACAAACUCAUUAACUAUUAUUAAUAGAAAAGUAAUUCUCAAUUCUCUUCAUCGUAAAGAUCGUCUUUAUGUCCUAUGUAGACUGCACAUGACAACAAAAUGGUUAUGCUUUAGAGUCUAGUGCGCAAAGUUAAAUCAUCCAUUAAAAUAUGACCCGUAUUGACUUAGCAAUAAAAUCCAAAGCCCGCAGUAUUACUACUUGGCAUGGUGUAGAAAACUCUAGCCUAAAUAACCGUUUUUUCCAUUGGUUGGCCCAUGUUCGUUUUUUAAAAGUGCGUGCGUUUUAAAGGUACUUCGUAAUAAUUAAUUAAUUAAGUAUAGGUAAUUAAUUAAGUUUAGCUAUCGUAAAAUGUCUAGUGCUUGGCUCCCCACUGGGUAAAUGUGCUCCAAAUAUUUUUUUUUAUAUAGGUAUACAUUAAAACUAUACAACAAUCUCAUUUAAGUGUUACAAUAUAAUUAUAGUGAUUGUUUUCUUUAAAUCGGUAUAUAUGUAUAUAAAUCGGUAUAUUACCACAACAUAAUAAAUUUAAGAAAUAUUUCAAAUUUUGGAGAAAAGUACGGGCACAGAAUAAAUAAUAGUACUAAGUACAGAAGACUCACUCUCUGACAAAACGCAUCUGUUACGAUCAGCACAGAUGUGGCCGCUAGGUGGCGACAGCGCCACGCGCGGCAUAUGGCAAACCCCAAAAUUGGGGACUUUUAGCUACCUGUAGCAAAGCGACGAAAUCGCGGAGUGAGACACGCCUGGGGGCCGAUUUUUGAAUUUCGAUCGUUCGAUUUCGUCACUCGAAAAUCGAUGGAAAACGGCGAAAUGCUAAUUUUUGAGAUACGAGCGAUAAAAAUUUGGAAUCUAGUGGUAUUGAACACUCGAUUUCAAUUCUAUUCGUAGAAUUUAAAUGCCUAGUAGUGGAGAUAUUAAUUAACGAAAUACACGAAAUCGAAUGGUCGAAUUUCAAAAAUCGGCCCCCUGGUACGGUGCACAUUUUACGGUACACUGGUUUGUUGAUACUUCUUGAAAACUUAUAUUGAACAUAGCUAGUAUAUAAAUUGUUGUUAAUUGUAAUUAAAUACUUUAUGCUUAAGAUGUGUUAGACCACCAAAUUUCUGUGAUUUGUUGUAAAGUAAAAUUGAAAUAGUUUUAAGAGAAUUUAAGAGAAUAAAUAUUUUUCAUUGA